UCUAAUUGAUGGUGGACAAAAAUGAUUUUACCUCUCAAAUGUGUACUGGGUGUGAACAGGGUCACGUUCAUUUGCAAAACGUUCUCGAACAUUGCAGAUAGAAAUUAACGUCAUUCAUUAUUGAACAAAUCGAAGAGGCGUGUUUGUUCUACAUAGCAUAUUUCUAUCUGGAUGUUCCAAAACUUUGUAUCUUGCUGAACCCGCCCCUGUUCUUGAUUUUUAGCACUUUUGCGGGUACCUUGUUUUGACUGGAAACCGCAACUGAGUUUGAAGCUGCCUCCUCGACCUAUUUUAAAACACGUAUAUUUACUGAGACGCAGUGAUGGACUAGAAUCAAGUGAGGAAAUCCAACAAAUAUCUAUGGAAUUGCAUUAUGUGUUUACUAUUAAAUUAGAGUUGAUAAAGUUGCAAUGGGAUGACUGCAUGCCGUAUUUUAGCUAGUUAUUUUCUGGCUAGUCGUGGGCUAGCCCAGCACCAAGGAACGGAUGUGAAGAAACGCGGAAGCGAGUUCAGUGUUUAGACGAUGUAGUCAGAUUUUUGCAUUUAUAAAUCAUUUGGGAUGACCCCCCUUGCAUAAUCCAUUUGUUCGUUUUGAAGGCCAGGGAUUACACCGCAUUCGUGUACCGUUAGAGCUCCCCGUUGUUUUGUCUGCAGUGUUUUUGUCCUGAUCCUAAACGGAUUUAUUGAAAAAAAAUAGUGCCUAAAUGGAUAGGUCCUCCGUGUUUUUGUCAGUUUGUCUUCUUUAGGUAGCCUAUUUAACUGAAUUAAUUUAUUAUCAAAUAAUUUCUAAUCUGUGAGCAGAAUUUGAAUUGAGGCAGUCUUGCCAGUGCAUUACUGUAGCCCCAUACACACAGCACUAUUGCUAAUACAGUUAGGAAGACAAUAUCCUAAAUCUGUGUUAUAGGUCUAUGGUUGGUAGUGGGAUCUUUUCUUCAUCACAUGAGGGGCGCGAAUACCUGCCUUUACUGUCCCCUUCACAGAUACUGCCUCCGCCUUGGAGGGAAACAAACCUUGAUCACAGGAAAUCCGCCUCUCCUGAUUUGAGGAAAAUGUUUCGCCCUGGGAGAGAAAAACAUCAGACUGAACCAAGGGAAGUCUCUGCCUCCCAUGUGGCAAAACUCAGCAAUAAGCUAAAAGCCAUCUUGAAGAAAAAGUACCAAAGUCCCCCAGGGGGGGAAACUGAGCAUCCAUUUUAUAUUCAUUGUGAUCUCCACUAUCCACCUGGUGAAAGUGGAGAGGGGAACCAACAUGAGUACAUUCAAAUUGAGCCAACCUACAGGAAGAGACACCAAGGGACAUGCUCACCCAUAGGCUUAUACUUUGAUUCUGAACUAGGCAACGAACAAGUCAGAAUAGCACUGACAAAGGGUGUCUCUGGUAUUGGCAAAACUAGCCAGGUGCGGAUGGUUAUUCUUAACUGGGCAGAGGGAAAAGGAAACCAGGAAUGUCCUCUCUUAUUUCCUCUUCCUUUCCGGGAGCUGAAUUUGCUGAAGGAGAGACUGAGUCUAAUUGAACUUCUUCACAAGUUUUUCCCAGAAUUGAAAGAACCUGGAAUUUCCAACUUGGAGAACUUCAGAAUUUGGCUCAUCUUUGACGGGCUGGAUGAAUUCCGACGUCCUCUCGACUUCAAGAACAGCCCGAUAGUGACCAAUGUCACAGAGGCCUCCUCCGUGCCGACACUGCUGACAAACCUCAUUAACGGUAAUCUCCUUCCCUCCGCCGCUCACAUAUGGAUUACAUCCAGACCUGCGGCAGUUAGUCGCAUUCCUCUUCAGUACAUCAACGAAGUGACAGAAAUCGAAGGCUUCACAGAUUACCAGAAAGAGGAGUUCUUCAGGAGAGCAAUCCAUGACAAGAACCAGGCCAAUGCAAUUAUUGCCUACUUAAAGUACUCAAAAAGCCUCUACGUCUUGUGCCAGAUACCUUUUAUCUGUUCGAUUUGUGUAUUAGUCCUCUGGAGAAAGACAUUUCUAUUCAAUGAAGAAUGUGACCCCAGAGCUCUGACUCCAGUGUACACUGACCUACUCGCCCUGUUGCAAACACAGAACCAGAAUGCACAGGAGAUGGCUAUUAACUUGGGGGAACUAGCCUUUAAGCAGUUGGUGAAAGGCAACACGGUUUUCUACGAGGAAGACCUACGAGAGUGCAACAUUGAUGUCCAAGUGGCAGCUGUGUAUGCAAAAGUGAACAUACCCAUCUUCAGGGAGGAUAUUGGGCUGCACCAAAAGAAGAUCUACUACUUUGGGCAUACCACCAUUCAGGAGUUCUUUGCCGCAAUGUGGUUUCUCCAAUCCUGCAACAGCCCAGAUGAAAACCUGAGGAAAGCAGUGGACAUGGCCUUGCAGAGCAAAAACGGAAAGCUGGACCUCUUCCUCCGGUUCCUCCUCGGCUUCUCGCAGAACUUCAUCCAGUCAAUCGCAGAGGCCGGCUACAACUUCUCGGAGACACUGACGGAAGCAGUAGAGUAUAUCAAGAAGAAGGUCAUGGAGAAUCCCGCUUCACCGAGGACACUCAACCUGCUGAACUGCCUGACGGAACUGGGUGACAGCUCUUUAGAAACGGAUGGCGUGCACUUUCUCAAGACGGGAAUCCCCCCAGAUGCCAAAUACCCACGUGCACAUUGGUCCGACCUGGCCUCUCUGUUAGUGGCGUCAGAGUCUGGGCCGAUAGACAUGCUUGGGUUGGAAGUAAAGAAGAGAGGAGACGAGGAACUUCUGAGGAUGCUGCCAGUGAUCAAAGCUUCCCAGACAGCCACGCUGUCAUAUCACAAUCUGACUGAGAUAUUCUGUGAAGGUCUGGCCUCGGCGCUCACCUCAAAGGUGUGCAAUCUGAAAGGUCUGGACCUGAGUUUCAACACGCUGAAGGACUCAGGAGUACAACUGCUGGCGGCCGGCUUGGCCAAGCCACAUUGCCGACUGGAGAGACUGAAACUGUCCGGCUGCAGGGUGAAACAGGAUGGCUUCGUCGCUCUGGCCAAAGCUCUCAAAUCCAACCCCUCGCACCUGCGAGAGCUGGAUCUCAGCGGCAAUGAACCGGGAGAAGCCGGCGUGUUUCAUCUCGUUGAUGGACUGAAGGUUGUUAAUUGCAAACUGCAGAUCCUGAAGCUCUCAAACUGCAAGCUGGGCCUGGAGCAGAGUCGCUCUCUUGCGGUGUUGCUGAUAGACAACCCCAGACACCUGCGAGAGCUGGACGUCAGCAUGAACGACCUGGGAGACCGGGGGGUGAAGCUGCUCAUGGACAUACUGAAGUCAACCCAGAUAUACAAACUGGAGUUGUACUGUUGUCAGCUCACUGAGAAAUGCUGUGAGAACAUGUUUGGAUGUCUGCUGAACAUCCCCAGUCUGAGGGAGCUCAACCUGAGCAACAACAACCUGAAGGACGAGGGGGUCAAGAUGCUCUGCAACGCCUUCGGACUGCCCGCCUGUCAACUGGAGAAACUCAUUGUGGCGAGCUGUGGCAUCACCCUAGUCAGAGGGUUUCAUUUCAACUCUAUCCUCAAAGAGCUGGACAUCAGCAGGAACCAUCUGGGCGACUCGGAUGACUGGGCCGAUGUCUUGUUCUGCUUGUCUUCACUUGAGACCCUCAGGCUGAGUGACUGUAAAUUGACAGAGAAAUGCUUUGGGGUGCUGGUCAAAGCUCUCAGCUCCAACCUCACCAACCUGAAAGAGCUGGAUCUCUCUGGAAACGACCUGGGAGACCGCGGGGUGAAGACUCUCUACAUGGGACUGACGUCCAGGUGUUGCACACUGGAGAGACUGUUUCUGAGAUGCUGUGGGAUCACAGUAAAGGGCUGCUCCUCCCUAGCAUUAGCCCUGAAGUCCAGCCACUCCAGCAUCACAGAACUAGGCCUGAUGGGAAACGACACGGGAGAAGAAGGACUGAGAAUUCUCUCCGACAUCAGGGACAACCAACGCUACAAUCUACAGACUCUAGAAAUCAACGAUUGAGAGAGGUCUUGACUCACUUGAUGGGGUUCAUCUUGGCGUCUCGGCUUGGUCUUCAAGUUCUGUUCUCGCUCCGGUGAAGUGCUUCACUGUAAAGGGAACAGGAUGCUAUCUCGGGGCGCAGACUGGGAUUUGAGCGUUGUACAGACUUAUUAAAGAAGUGCCUAAACUUGAAAAAGUUAAUGCUAUAGAAUUCUAUAGAGUAGGAUGCCCUUUAGGAUGUCCCCACAGUGUCUGUGUACUAAACUAAAGGAUGUUACUCAGUACCUUCUGCCUCAAUCAUGCUCAGUAACCCCGAAGGCCAUUGCAGUAUUUUAUUUGCACGUCAAUCCAAGAUGUUACAGUAUACAAUGUAGCCUUUACUGAAGAGAAGGGUGAUGCUAUGUUUUACAUAAUGGCCUUAUUGUGUUUUCUUGUUUAACCAAGAAUGUGUCAUCAUUGGGAACCUAUAGCGGGACUGGAUAAAUGAAUAAUCCGUUUGAAGACAUUUUCACCUUUACCAAUUCCGAUUCCAGGCUGUAUCACAACCGGCCAUGAUUGGCCCAGCGUCGUCCGGGCAUUAGUGUUAGGAAUUUUAUGAAUAAUGACUAAACAAUAUCUACAUUUAAAUAGAACUAUAACUAAUUCAACUCUACCCUGUUUUACAAUAUCUGAUGAAUAAUGUUAGUUCCUAAGAAAGAGGUUAUGUAGCAUGGAUAAGAGGUAAUUGGAAAUGAUACACACACAUUCCUUCCUACACAAUGGUUGUCUUAAGUAAGCAAAGAGGGUCAUUAACCUAUGUUUGAACCGACUCAACUAUAACUCUGGCGAUCAAAUAAGACAGCGAGAGCCCCUCCAGGUUUUGUGUAUCUGGAACUGUCUGCUAAAGUGGUAAUAAAUGAUGGUGAGACUUCAGGAGUUAAUCCAGUUAUAUUGUGUGUCAUGUAUGUGAAUUGGAAUUAUCUUUUGAACCUGCUUUGUCCUGAUCGAGAGGAGGAAGGACAUUUUAAAACCUAUGAUGUCAUAUUUGAUAUAUAAACUGUUGUACAGGGUUCUAUGAGCAGCGUGCUCCGAGAAUAAAUGCUAUUGGCUAAUUUUU